AUGGCCUUCACUUGGGAAUCCCUCUACUCUUUCUUCAACCCACCCGCCUCGCCCUACCCAUCAACCCAGGGCUCGUCUUCCCUCCUCUCGUCCGCACUCUCCUUAUUCAGAUCCGCCAACGCGAGAGCGCCAACGGAAGAGACGGACCUCCCCAUGCCGCCCUCGACCGGCUUCGCGCGGGGAGGCGCGCCCGGUCCGUCGCCAGCGGAAUCCACCCCUUCCAUCGCAGACAGCGAGCACGGCUACUUCCCGCCAGCGACGUCUCAAUCACCCUAUUCGCACAAGGGCGCCUCGGCAUCCACCCUUUCCACCGCCUCCUCGACAGCAUCGUCAACAACCUCCGUCCCACAUCCGCAUCCGCACCCCACCGCCACCGCCACCGCCACCACCCUUUCGACGACAGCGCCAAGCAGCAGCAGCAGCAACCAAACAACAAACCAAACAACCCAGCCGCACCCGCGCCCAGCGGCGGCAGCCCCGGAGCCCGCGCGGCCGCGCGACGUCAUGUCGCGCGACUUUCCGGCGCCGGACCCGGCGGCCAUGCCCAGCCUGGACGAGCUGCUGGCGCGCCCGCCGGGGCGGUGGUCGCUGCGGCACUACGUGCGGCACGCGCGCGCGGUGGACGUGGCGCGGCCGGCGGCGGCGGAGGAGGACGAGGACGAGGGCGCGGGCGAGCGGCGGCGGCGGCAGCUGGAGGAGGCGAAGCGGGAUUUGCUGAGGGCCAAGGCUGAGCUGGAUGCGAAGGGGGUCGGGAGGAUCUGA